AUUAAAGAAUCACCUAUUACAACAGGAAAAGACUUGUACAGCUUAUUUGUUGCUAUUAUGGAAAAAGAAAAACUUAAUUGGAAAGAUUGCCUUGUUGGGCAGUCUUAUGAUGGUGCUUCAAACAUGCGAGGAAAUUACAAAGGCUUACAAGCACAUAUAAAAAGAGAAUGUCCACAAGCUUUGUAUGUAUGGUGUCAUGCCCACCGACUAGCCUUGGUAGUCAAGCAAGCUGUAUCCUGUGACUCAAAAUCAAGAGAAUUGUUUGGAAAUUUGGAAAGUUUAUAUGUCUUGUUAUGGUGUUCAAAAAAAAGAGCAGCAACAUUUAGAGAAGCUCAAAAAAAAACACUCAGACUUAAAAUACACCCAACAACAUGCUGUUAAACGAGUCUGUACAACACGUUGGAAUUCCCAUUCAGCAGCUUUGAAUGUAGUUAUCAAGUUCCAUCAUGCAGUUUUACAAACAUUGGAAGAAAUAAAAAAUCUUGAAGGUGUUACUGAUGCAACUGUUGGUGCCAAUUGUAGUGGUCUUAUAGAUUAUUUUACAUCACGGAGAUUUUUAUUAACUGCUUUCACAUUCAAAAAGCUAUUUUACAUAUUAGAAGUAGUUACAAGACAAUUUCAAACACAUGAUAUGGAUAUUUUAUUGGCAACAAGUAUCGUAACUAAAACAAUUAAUUCGAUUAGAAAAUUGAGAGCAAAUAAUUCAUUUGAGGAAAUUAUAAAAUUAACAGAUAAUUUUAUCAAUGAGAGUGACACAGAUUUUUUACCAUUAAAAAAUAUCAGACCUAGGCGUGUUCCAAUUAAAGCAGGUGAACUAAUGCAAGAUGAUCCUAUUGUUUGUCCAACUAAAAAGUUUGAGGUAGAAACUUACAAUGCUGUAAUAGAUAUGACUCUAAAUGAAUUGAGUGACCAGUUUGAAACCACAAAUAUUGGACCAUUAAGAGACAUAGCAUUGCUCUCAUAUCGUAGAAUACAAGAAGUGCACAAUGAUCCAACAAUGCUACCAAAAGAUUCAUUUAUAGAGUUAUGUGAGGUCUAUUCAAAAAUUAAUAGAGAUUGUUUGAUUUCUGAAUAUAUGCAGUUUUGUAAAAAUUUCAAUGAAUUUGAGAAUAACUUAAAUUUACCAAAGUUUUUGCAUGAUGUUAGUAAUAAUAAUUCAAGUGAUGAUGAAGAUGAAAAUGAUAAUAAUGAUGACAACAUUUCUAUGCUUGAACUAAAUACAUAUGAUGAUUUAAAUGAAACUUGGGAUGAUCAAAGAACAAUUAAAAAUAUUGGAACAUUAAAAUUAUCAGUCAUUCUUCCAAUUUCUAGUUGUAGUGUAGAGCGUUCAUUCUCGAAAUUAAAACUGAUAAAAACUAAACUUCGAACUUCCAUGCUACAUGAUAGGUUAGAAAACUUGAUGAAAAUCAGUUGUGAAAAAGACUUAGAUCCAGUAGUAGACAAUAUAAUUUUAUCGCUAGCUGGAAAAAGUUCCCGCUUAUGUAAAGCAUUAGUGUAUUAA